CCCAUCUCCAGCUUAGAAUAACUAACCUACUCCUCUCUCCGAGCCAAGGUUCCGCUGCUCCGCCGGUGACUCAAUGCCACCAGAUCGCAACAAGAGAUAGCCUUGAAACACCGAGAUCUGUGCCUUGAGAUCAUCAACAUGGUCGCCGCCACCGCCGCACCGCGAGAUCCUGUCCGUCCACCUCUCUUCCCCUCUGAAAAAGACAAUGCUGCCCUUCCCCGUCGUCCUCGAACCAAAGAGAUCACCUCCCGGUAUCUCACCACCCCCUCCUCCUCCUCUUCUUCAUCGACGAGCUCCUCCUCUUCUUCUCGCCGGUUCCCUUCGCCGCUAGUGACUCCGCGCUCAACCCCACGGCCGGCGACACAGAAGCGCUCCCACUCCGUCGACCGUGCCCGGCCCUCCCCCACCCCCACCGCUGAGCUCUCCGUCGCCGCGCGUGCUCUCUGCACCACCACACGUAGCCUCUCCGUCUCGUUCCAGGGCGAGUCGUUCUUCUACCAGACAUCGAAAAGCAAGGCCUCCUCGCCUAGCCCCGCCCGUAAGGUAACUCCCGACCGCCGCCGGCCUACUGGCUCCUCCGCCACCCCGGUUAAACCCCCAGACCAGUUGGAGAACUCUAAGCCCUUUGAUCACCGCCGCUGGCCUGCUGCCAACGCCCGACACUCCAAUCAUCUGGCGAGAAGCCUGGAUUGCUCCUUGGAGCAAAGGGAGCCGAUCAUGGCUGCAGUUCGAUUGCUGAAUCAGUUCGAUGAUAGUGCUCGCAGGGUUUCGUUUGAUGGUGGGGAUCUCUCUGCGUCGUCGGACACUGAUAGUGUCUCAUCUGGGAGCAAUUCCGGUGCGCCGGAGGCUCGUCUUACUCCAUCAUCUCGAGGGAUUAGUGUGCCGGCGCGGUUCUGGCAGGAGACGAACAGCAGGCUGCGCCGGUUGCCCCAGGCGGCCACCAUAUUGGCGCCGCCGCCGAAGUUGAUUGCUUUCAAGAAGUCAGUAGGUGAUAGCCCUUUGUCAUCUCCACGUUCAAUGUCAUCGCCUCUUCAUGGGCCUGCGAGGUCAUCCUCGCCAAGUAAGCUUUCAUCUUCUCCUUCCUCGAGGGGUGCUGCAAGCCCCUUGAAGACAAGGAAUGGAGUGGCAAUGGGACUGAAUGCAGCCAGGCAGCAGCCGUGCAAUGCGCCAUCCAUCUUGAGCUUUUCGGCGGAGGUGAGGAGGGCGAAGAAGGGGGAGAAUAGGAUUGAGGAGGCACAUUUACUGAGGCUGUUCGAUAAUCGGGAGUUGCAGUGGAGGUGGGUGAAUGCUAGGGCUGGCGUUGCUUUAUCAUUGCAUAGACUGACUGCGGAGAAAAAUUUAUAUGAUGCAUGGAUAACAAUUUCUGACUUGCGUGAUUCUGUCACAAUUAAACGGAUCAAGCUACAUAUGUUGAGACAGAAGAUGAAGCUAAUUUCCAUUCUCAAGGGACAAACAACCUACCUGGAAGAAUGGCUGGAGAUGGAAAGAGACCAUUCUAGUUCUUUAUCAGGAACAAUCGAAGCUCUAAGAGCUAGCACCCUUCGCCUUCCAAUUGUUAGUGGAGCAAGGGCUGAUAUUCUAGAAGUUAAACAUGCCGUCAGUUCUGCAGUUGAUGUAAUGCAGUCAAUGGGAUCCUCGAUAUGCUCUCUCCUAUCAAAGGUAGAGGGGGCAAGCUACUUGGUAUCUGAGCUUGCUAAAGUUGCAGCACAAGAGCGUGGAUUGCUGAACCAAUCCAGAGAUCUUCUGUCCACUGUAGCAGCCAUGGAUGUAAAGCAAUGUAGCCUGAGAGGUCAUAUUUUGCAACUACAGUGCAGGCCAGGCAAGUCACCGCCAUAGAGCACACCUCAGUCUUAACGGCCUUUGUGAUUACUAACAAGCGACCACCUUUCCUUUUCCAACUGAAGGUUGUCCUGGAAAUAAUAACGUGUGAUGGUAUUUUUUGGGUGGUAAGUGCUUUGCUCCAUGCCUAUUAACUUGUCUAGGGUUUUCUGAUUCAAGUGUUUUUGAGUGCGUAAUCCCAUAGAAAUGUAUUCCUUUCAGGUUUUACACUAGCUGUACACUAGUUCUUUAUACUGCUGAUCAAAGAAAAGCUGUUGUAUAUAUGUGUUAUUUUUUCAUUUGCGUGGUUAAAAAUCACCAUUUCUUACCAGGCUUUACGUGUGUUCUGGCAAUGUUAGUUUGUCAGCCUGGAAAUUAUUCAAAUAUUUUUGGUUGCUUGAGGUGAUUGACCCCUAGGAAUGUCCAUUAACCUAUGAAUGAGCAUUGAAGUCAUUCUCAUGUGUUGUAUCUAUUUAAUGUUUUAUAUCAAUCAAUAUUUUUUGUUCUC